AUGCCACUUGAAGAAUCAAUGAUCUCAGACAUCAUGCCGGCUUUCACAUGCAUUGCGCCCUUCUCUUCUAUGGAGGUAGAGAAGAACCUAAGCUUCAGGGAAAGUGGUCCAACAUCUCGUGUUGCAAUUCAGAGAGACCCUGAUUAUGACCGCAGUUACAAAAGGUACAUUAGGAACCUUCCGCUUUAUCAGAAUUUCAAUCUACCACCCUUCAACAUGAUGCAGUCACCAAACUGCCAAAUGGGGCCCAUAUCCCAAGAACUCAUGUCUCUCUUAACUUUAGACCACCUUCAAGCGUUAUCAUGA